AUGUCUCUUCGCGCUUCAGGCUCCCCGCAGCUUUCUCGGCCUCUGGAAGGACGCGAAUCACCUCCGCCAAUCAUCAGUGACUCGGAUUCGACGCCGAGGCUGCCCUCGUUGUACCAGCGCGUCUUGGAUGGUCGCAGCAGCCCGCUCUCCAUUCGCUCCGCCACUCCGAACAUGAGUGGGAUCUCGCGCAGCGAGGAUGAGAUGCAUUCCGCACUGAGGGACCCUCUCCGCAGCUCUUUGUCACCCCACAUCGUCGCCUUCAACAGCUUCAGCGUGCCCGACAGCAAUAGCUCUCCACCACCGCUAAUUCUCUCGGAAAAAACCUUCAGUAGUAUCUCUGUGAACACAUCGCUCUACAACGGCGGUAGAAAGGGCGACGCGCUGGGGGCGCAGCAGGCGGACAGCGCCAUCAGCGGUUGCACCGGGUCUCAAAGCCUCGGCGCAUAUGUCGAUCAUGAGAACUGGAUGAGCUCGAGCAUCGAGUUAGAGGCGGUCGACGUGCGGAAAGUGAUUACCGUGAUGAAAGGCAAGAAGCAAGAGAGAUGUCACGCUGCACUCUCGCCGGUGCCGGCGGUCGUGGUCUCUGCGGAAAAAUCGAGACUGAAGCAGACCGAGAUGCCGAAUCCGAGAAGGGGUAUGUUGCCCUCAGGUCGAAAGCGCUCUGUGAGCAUCAACGCACCACCAGACACACCACGCGAGAGGCAGGCGCUGAUUACGCUCAGACCUCGUCAAGCAGCGGCGGUGGUGCAACAGCAGCAGUACGUGAUCCGGAGACCGUACAUGCCUACAGGCGGUGGCUUGCCUACCCUUCGGACGCUGCCGGGCUUUACAUCAGCACCCUACAGUAUGGCGCUGCGCCCAGUACCACCCGCUGUCGCUGUAUCACGAGCACACCCACUGGAACUAUCGAUCUCCACCUCCAGCGAAGUGGACAAUCACCCCGCUUCCAGUAAAUCUAGGGAAAGAAGUGCGGAGAUAGGCACGGCGUCGUGGAGAAGGAUGUUUUGGGUCUGCGGUGGAAGCGCCAAGCAGGUGGCGCCAAAGAACCACGCCUAG